AUGGCCGUCCAGAAUGCCGGCCGGUCCGUUUGGGCACCCGCACGAACUCUGGACAGGCUAGCCCAUCUCGGAGAUGAGCUUGACGAUUUUCAGGGCAAUCUGGAAGGUGUAGACUUGCGAACCCGUCUUCAACAAGAUGUUCUGCGGAUGGCGGAAGAUCAGCAACUUCUAGGAAUGACUGAGGCCGAAAGACUUGCCCGCGAAUGGUGGCAGGCUGAUGACCAGGCCUUUGAAAGCAACACCUUGCCGUCGACAGAGCUGGA